UAUUCUAGAAUCUCUUUCAGCGCUUGAGAAAUUUGGGAGCUCAUUUGGCGAUGGAGCUCCGGAGCUGCCGAUCGAGCGUCAAUCCUUCGCUGCCAAGGCCGCAAUGGGAGGCGCAAGUGAGGGAUGUAUGCAGGGCGCUGGUGAGCGGAUGGUCGGAUCUGGGAGAUGACGAUCUUGCGAUCUCUGAAAUCUCUGGUGGCAUCACGAAUUUGCUGCUAAAGGUCUUGGACAAGAAACAGAAUGAAGCUGUUACAGUGCGAAUUUUUGGUCCCAACACCGACGCUGUCAUCGACCGGAAGCGCGAACUCCAGGUGCUGCCACAUCUUUCGGAAUCAGAUUUUGGAGCAAAGCUCGUGGGAUUAUUUGAGAAUGGCAUGAUACAGUCCUUCAUUGAAGCACGGACACUCGUUCCAGUAGACUUGUCCAAGCCAAAUGUAGCCUCGCUUAUUGCAAAGGAGCUGCGAAGGCUACAUUCGUUGCAGAUACCCGGAUCAAAGGAGCCUCAACUUUGGGAGGAUAUUCUCAAGUUUUAUGACAAAGCAAGGCUGGUAUCAUUUGAGGAUAAUGCAAAACAGGAGAGGUUAGGGGAAGUGUCAUUUUCGCGACUGAUGGACGACAUAAAAAUGCUGAAGGGCAUCAGCGACUCCUUGAAAGCGCCGAUCGUAUUUUCUCACAACGAUCUUUUAUCAGGCAAUAUCAUGCUCAAUGAAGCUAGCGGCCGGCUCCAUCUCAUUGAUUUUGAGUAUGGUUCUUACAGCUACCGAGGCUAUGAUAUUGGAAAUCACUUCAACGAGUAUGCCGGCUUUGAAUGCGACUAUUCCUUGUACCCGAACAAGGAGGCACAGUACCACUUCUUCAGGCACUACUUGUCUCCUAUAGAUCCAUCGAAGGUCUCCGACGACGAACUUGAAGUUUUGUUUGUAGAGACGAAUUUCUAUGCGCUCGUUUCUCAUUUGUAUUGGGCGAUAUGGGCCAUCGUCCAGGCAAAGUUCUCACCAAUCAACUUCGACUACCUUGGAUAUCAUUGCCUGAGGUACAAAGAGUACGAGAGACGCAAGAAAGAACUCGCCGUGUUCUCGAUCGUCAACAUCUGCAAGCAAUAAGUAGUCACUAGAAGAGAGAAUGGCCCUGACGAGGAUUGGAGGUCCAGCAACAGCAGCAAUGCCAUCGCUACCACAAGUUCGAGCAGUGUCCAAUGAAUUGUGCUCGUGGAAGUAUUUGGUG